AUGACCAAAGAAGAAGAUAAGUGGCGGUCACAGGCCAUCCAAAAGUUAUGGGAUGAGAGAAAGAAAAUGGGUCAUACCCCAUUGGUGAAAUUCCAGCCCAAAGGUCUCCCAAAUGUUGAUAUUUUCUUCAAAAACGAAACGGCCUCGAAAACACUGACGUUGAAGCAUCGAUUCUCCUGGGCGCUGGUAGCGUGGGCCAUUAUUGAGGGAAAGGUACACAAAAACUCUACCGUAUACGACUCAACAUCUGGAAACACAGGAGCCAGCGAGGCGUAUAUGUGCACACUGGUUGGGCUACCGUACAUCGCUGUUGUGGACGUUUCGUUGAGGAAUUUCCAUGCUGAAGAUCAGGCUAAAAAGAACAAAGGAUUCUUCCUCAAUCAGUUUGGUAAUGCGCAAGAAGCUGAAGAAUUUCACGAAAGUGGUGGUAAUCCUCAUGAAAGUACAAAUAUGUUCCAUGAGGUUUUGCUGCAAUUGAAAGAGGACAAAAAACAGAAGAAGAAAGUUCCCGACUACUUUGUGCACAGCUCUGGCACAGGAGGAACGAUCACAUCAGUUGGGCGAUAUGUGAGAAGAUACAAUUUGCCAACGAUCAUUGUGCUCUCUGAUUCUGAAUAUUCACUUUUCUAUGACUACGUCAUUUCCAACAGAUUCACCAACGAAUCCGGCACGAAGUAUUGGAAACCACCUGGAGUUUCUGGAAUUGGUUACGGUUAUAACGUGAAACCAAUUAUCUACAGAGAAAUAGCAACAAGCUUGAAUCCAAAUGUUAUCGAUGAAGCAAUGAAAAUGCCCGAUAUCGCUUCCGCAGCAGCGAUGCAUGUCCUCAGAGAACGAGGUGUCGGCGGUGGAGCAUCAACUGGACUCAAUUUCCUCGUUUCGCUUCACAAAGCCAUUCAAUCGAAGAAAAGCAAAGACGCCAAAGAUCGUCUCACAAUCGUGACUGUCAUCUUGUGA